GGAAAAUCCUCCUCAUUUGCUAGAGAAAUCUAUAAAUAUUUAGAUAGUGUAGAGCUUGAUAAUCUAAAAUGGCAAAAUCCGUUGGCCAGCCAAGUGAUUACUGAUGAAUUUGUGCAAAAUUUAUCUAAGGAGUCUGGAGAUGGAAAUGUUUAUAAGAGUUUCAAAGAGCCAUUAAAUCGUAUGCGAAUAGAUGCACCAUCCAAUAUCAGGGAGAUAUGUAAUAAUCACAUCACUAGUGAGAUUUUAGAAUAUCUAAGCGAUAUCUGGAGAAACCCUGCAUUUGAAGCCAAUAUUGCAAAAACACAAAGCGAAGGAACUUACGUGACGGAUGUGAUCGUUCCUUUGCUUCGAGCAUCAUUAAAAAAACUUCCAAUCAGAAAUACCGCCUUUCUUAGCACUGCAGAACGUCAAAGCCAAGCUAGUGCGGAUAGAAAAGGUGGGGAAAACAAGGGUAAACGACCCGAUAUAAUGCUCAUAGAAGAAUAUGAUGGUAAGUUAUAUGAACUUAUAUUUGCAGAAUGUUCCCGGUUAAUAUGUCCUAAACGAAAAGAAGACGAUGAUAAAAUAAAACUAUGGAGGGAGAUGAAUGAUGGGCUUUAUUGGACUUAUAGUGGGUGCAGGCCCGAUAUAAAUCAAUUUGGGGUUAUCAGAGUGCAAAUAGCCGGGGAUACGUUGCAUCUUAAGAUUAUUAUUAAAGACAUGAAUGAUAUCCACCAUCUUUAUAAUUUAUAUUCGGUUAAAAUUCCUGUAAGACCAACUGAUGGUGAAAGC